AUGGAACAUAUCAGUACACCAUGUAAUGCAAACCAAAGUCAGCCAGCCAGCGUAUCAUCAGGAAGAACACCAUCAAACAGCAGUGGUCUGAAAACGCAAAUUUCACAGAUACUUGCAAACCAAAAUGAAAUUCUUCAACAAUUGGCCAUUGUAAAGAAAGAUGUCCGAGAAGUUAAAGCAGAGAUUGAAAAGAAAAAGCAAGAAAUCAGUGAACCUGUACAGGUUCCAGCAAGGAUUAGGAGUGCAGUGAAGGACUCGUAUUUAAAUGGCCAACAGACAAAUUUGAAAUGGAACUGCAAUAAAAGAUUCAUGGAUGAAGAAAACUCUGAAAUGACAGAUUUUAUUAGGAAAAGUGUGCAAGGAAUCACUCCAGAUGAAAGCAUUGAUGUUAUAAAUGCUGCAAUUAAAAGAUAUUUUACGUCACAAAAGGAGGCAGAUAACAGACAGAAAAAGAACAAAACAGAUUUACAUAAAAAGAGACAGGCAACUUAUGAGAGAAAGAAAGAGAAAUUAAAGAGAAGACUAGUAGCCCUUGAAAAGAAGACAGGGUGGUCUCAGGAGAAAAAGGUCAAGGUCAAGUCUUUCCUUCAGUUGCCGAAUGCCUACAAAUACAUGAGUAGUGAUGAGGAGGGAGAUGAUGGUUUUGUGUCGCAUUCAUAUUCCUGGGAAAGUGAAGAACUUCAAAAAAUUAAAGAUAGCUUAGACAAAAAAUAUUUAGAUACUUGUCCUCCACGCAGCAAAAGACUUCUGUCAAAGAGGAGCAGGGGGUCAAUAAGACAACAAGAUCCCCCAAAACUAGCCAGUGGACAUGAUUGGGUUCUGAACAUUGACUCUUAA